GGGAGGGCGACGAGACCGUGUCCGCUGAGGUGCGGUCGGUCCCGGUUCGACCCGACCUGAGCCGCGGCUGCUCAGGCCGCUGCCCGCCCUCAGCGCGGCCCUGCCUCCGGCACCGGGGCGCUCUCUUCUCAAGGCCUCUGCACCGCCUCAGCAGCGGUACGGGCAUGGCUGGAGGCGGCGGGGCUGUGUGGAAACCCGCGGGGAGGGACAUAACAGCAGCGCGCUUCCCCAGAGCGACCUCCCACUCACAUCCUCGUCAGUUGCCUCGGCGCCAGGCUGAUAACGCGAGUAGUGGUUGAGGCCAUGAGGGUGCUGCUGGUGAUAUUUUUCUGGUGCUUGUGGUCCUUACAGUGCCUAAAGGUUUGGUGCUCCUUGAAAGCUGUUGAAGAUGGGAGGUGCAGUGAGCGCAGGAGAAGAUAAUGAUGAAUUAAUUGAUAACCUGAAGGAGGCCCAAUACAUCCGGACAGAGCUGGUGGAGCAGGCAUUCCGAGCCAUUGACAGAGCAGAUUACUACCUGGAGGAGUUCAAAGACAAUGCCUACAAAGACUUGGCUUGGAAGCAUGGAAAUAUUCAUCUCUCAGCACCGUGCAUUUACUCUGAGGUGAUGGAAGCUUUGGAUCUGCAGCCAGGGCUGUCGUUUUUGAAUCUUGGCAGUGGCACUGGUUAUCUGAGUUCUAUGGUUGGACUCAUCUUGGGUCCCUUUGGUGUUAACCACGGUGUGGAGCUUCACUCCGAUGUGAUCGAAUACGCGAAGCAGAAAUUGGACUUCUUCAUUAAAACAAGUGACAGCUUUGACAAGUUUGAGUUCUGUGAGCCCUCCUUUGUUACCGGCAAUUGCUUAGAGAUUUCCCCAGACUGUACUCAGUAUGACCGUGUUUACUGUGGUGCUGGAGUGCAGAAAGAACAUGAAGACUACAUGAAGAACUUGUUGAAAGUUGGAGGGAUUCUUGUCAUGCCCCUAGAAGAGAAGUUGACUAAGAUAACUCGUACUGGUCCUUCUGCCUGGGAGACCAAGAAGAUUCUUGCUGUUUCUUUUGCUCCACUGAUUCAGCCUAACCACGCAGACUCGGGGAAGUCACGGCUCGUUCACUUGCCCCCCGUGGCGGUUCGCAGCCUCCAGGAUCUGGCUCGGAUCGCCAUCCGAGGGACCAUCAAAAGACUCAUCCAGCAGGAGGCGCUGAGCAGAGGCGGGAGCGGGCUGAAGAACCCGCCGAGGUUCAAGCGGAGACGCCUGCGGCGCCGGCGCAUGGAAACCAUCGUCUUCCUGGACAAAGAGGUUUUCGCCAGCCGCAUCUCCAACCCCUCCGACGAUAACAACAACAGCGAGGACGUGGAGGAUGAGAGGAGAGAAGAGGAAGAAAGUAAACCCUCUGAACUCAAGCCUGAUCCCCCCAUAAACUUUUUGAGAGAGAAGGUGUUGAGCCUGCCUCUGCCUGAUCCCUUGAAGUAUUACCUGCUUUAUUACAGGGAGAAGUAAUUUCCUUCUCUUAGCAAGUGGGAAGUAGGCAGAAAAUCAAGUGCUCUAGGGCUUGACAAAUGUUACACCACUUGCUUGCCUGCUAAUACGACCACCCAAGGCAGUAGGCUAGCUGGGGAAUGUGGCUGCUGUAUACUUAAACAUUACAGCUUCUUUGAGUUUCUUCUUUCUUCUCAGUUGUGUGCUAUAGUUUUAUCCUACAGCAGGGGGGUUCCUUAGGAAGCGAGUUGGUGAAGUGCUCAGCUGCUUAUGGAAAGGAAGGUUGAAUUCCCUGGAACUAACUGCACAGAGAGGUUCUAAAAACCUCGUGGCUGCUCUCCUGAGUUGCAGCUUUUCAAUAUUAAGCGGUUCCCCAAAGACCUUUGCUGUCUGUGCUCUCUCCCACUAAACCCACCCUUUGUCUCCUGUGGUGUGUGUUUAAUGGAGGAUGAAGAUCGUGACUAAAAAAACUGCCCUGGCCAAUCUUGUUUCUUCCAGUAAGCUGAAAAAGCACAACUUUUACAGAAAGGAAAGAGUUUUUGGUCUUACCCUUGUGGCAUCCAGGUUUUAAAUGAGAAAGGAAAGCAUCAGCUCCCCUUAGGCUGGUGUCAGUUUUGCACAUAAACCAUAUAUAACUUCCCAGUAGAAGGAAACAAAAAUGUUUUACAGAAUAUUGGUUUUAUUCAUGGGAAACACCAGCUCUAGUGAAUUAGUUUGAGAAAUGCCAAGUUGGGGGUUUUGUUGGGUGGUUGGUUUGUUUUUUUAAAGCAACAGAGGCAAGUGGAGAAUUGCAAAGCUGCUGAGCUUUGGCAGGGUGCUGGGGUGGUCAGGGUUGUGACUGCUGUCUCUGGAGAGGUUUACAGAGCAGUUGUGAAUGGGGAAGAGAAGGAGACAGGAGAUGCAGAGCAGUGAGUUUGUGAAAACUGACUGUGAAAGCAGAAUCUGUGGAUUUUGCUGUUGUGUGAGAGCUUGUGUGUGCUGGGCUGAAGGGAGGGAAGUGCAGCCUGCCAGCCUGAGCAGGGUGCCUCGUGUCCUGGUAAAUCAGGCAAAUGGAGUUUUGUGGAGGGGGUGUAGAGCCUGAAAACAGUCCAGAAAGCCAAACUGCUGCAGUUCCUGGCUGUGCCUGUGUGUGUGUCCCUGCUGUGGCAAGGUGGCUGGAACACAGCAUGUGCACACACAGUCCAUGCAGCGUGGGUGGAAUGAAGCUGUUCGACUUGGUAGGUUAUUUUAUACAGUGAAGUAGCUGUUUGAACAGGCUCACACAGAAGGACUUUACCCACUGCAGUUCUGUGGGUGGCAACUGUUAUUUAUAUUCCCAAGUCUUCCUGUAAUGGUGAUGGAAGGAGACAGAAGGGGAAAGUUUACUUGGUUCAGCCUAUUUGAAAACAAUCUGACUAAACUGGUGCAGGAUGGAGAGAAACCCUUGAGCUUGUAUUGGUGUGAAAUAAACUGGAGGGAGGUGAAACCCCCUCAGUAAGUAACGAAGCUGUGUUAAGGCACUGCCCCAUCAGAAGCAACUCCAGUUGGUAUCACUUUGAUAUCUUUGUUUUUUUCAGCUGUCUCCUCGUUUUCUGAGGAGGGAUGAGUCAAGUCUUGACAAAACCACCCUGGGUUUGCAGUUAAUGGUACUAAUGCUGAAGAGUGUUUUGGAGUUUUGUGCAGUUUGAAAUGAAUGGGUAGCCCUUGGAUGUGUAAGCCUAAGGUGGAGAGCUUUUCCUUGCUUAAUAGACUAUGUUUCUUUGAAAAUAUUGGCUGCUAAUACAGUGUCAUGUGGCUAUUGGAACACAGCCCUAGGCUGUGGCUUGCCUCUGGUUUCAUAACUAGUUUAAUUGGUGCCCCAAGCUCUCUUGCUCCCUCAGAUUUUGGCUUUCUUUAAAAUGGGGCAGUUCUGUUGCCACUGAGCUGAUGGUUUCCUGCAAACAUGCAAGUACCCAUGAAUUCCUACCAGUGAAAAUCCUGGUGAUGGUGGUAAACAGAGGCUUCCCAGAAGCUACAUGUGGUAUCUGUGCUUCACCAAAGGCUGUUGCCUCUGUGCCCAUUAAAACAUUUCAGCUGUCACACCAGGCACGUGCCUUUCUGCAUUGGGGCACAAUUCCCACUCUCCUACAUACUACAGGGUGCCUCCUACUUUUGGCUACUAGGUCAUCCUUCAGGUAAUAACAAAGCUUACAGAAGUUGCUUUCAAAAUGACAUUUAACAUGAGCUUCAAUGACAUUACUGAGCCUUGCUGAGGUUUAGUUCAAGCUGACCAGUUGAGGGAGACUUACCUUUCAUUUAUCCCUGUUUGAUGGUUUUGAUCCCCACUUUUCAAAGAGAUUUUACCAGGUUUUUCACCAGAUCUGCCUUUUUUUCUUACAUUUGCUAGAUCUUUGUAGCUUUCUAGAAGAUGCAUAAAAUACUGCUGGUUUUUUUGCCUGGAUAUGGUUGAAUAAAUAAAUGUAUGCACAGGAGAUUUCUCUUCUAGGUUAUCAGAUCAUCCCCUCAUCCAAAAACCCACAGAUCCAAACAAACACAUGGUGGAAAUGUCCUGUGGAAUGUGACUGUGGAAUAGUAUUGCUUCCAGCCUGUGAAUGAAGGGGAACUGUAACUCCAUUUUCCCUGUGCACAAGCAUCUCUGCUACAGUCAUUGUAGUGUAACUGUUGUUUUAUGGAUGGUCUCUGAGCUGUCUGGGGGGUUUUACCUGUGUUGUUUCCUUUUGUAUUCUCAGCAGUCUUCACUUUUCAUUGUCUCUGGAUCCCUUUUAGGUUUGGAUACCUGCAGUGAGUUUGCAAAAAGGAAAUGAACUUCAAGCUGCUUUAACCCUUGGUGUGUAAGCUGAAAGAUGGCUGUGUAGAAACUAGAGUUCAAUUGGCCUGAGGCAUGCAAAAGUGUUACUCUCAGUUUGAACUUGAUUAAUAAGUGUUUCUGUAUCAAUAAAUUCAGUAAAGACUUUUUAGCCUUCUUA